AUAGUGCACAUACCACCAAAGACCAGCCCGCUACAGCCCAUUUCAUUGGCCAUGUUUCGUCUCCAAAACGCUUCCUCAAAUUUCGUCGAACCAAAUCUGUCAGAGAAAGAAUAAAAAAAUAAAAAAAUCAAGCGGAAAUGAACCCUACUCUGACGACGGAGGCGGCGGCGCAGCUGCAAGAGGGGAUUCAUUUGCUGUUUUCUCGAUGGGCCGCCCUUCGCAUGGCCGUCGAGAACGAGUGGGGCGGCCGUGACUCGCUCCACAAAUCUCAGCAGCUCGAGUUGAGUAUCUUUCAUCGCCUCACUCAAGCAAAAGAACAAGUGUACAUUGAUGAUAUAGAGGAUAUGCUUGACGACUUCAUGCUUUCAUUAAACACUGAGAUUGGAGAUGGCAGCAUUGAGGAGAUAGCAGAAAAGUUAAUGUUCAUGCGUGAAGAAUGUUUAGAAGGAAAUUUUGACUCCAUAAAGACGUUGAGAGAAUCAAAUGUCCCAACUAUCUCUUAUAACAGACAGUCUGGCAGCAAUGAUGAUGAUGAUAGUGAUGAUGAUGAUGAUGAUGAAGAUGACAAUAUUCUAGUUGGAGAAAAUUCAACGGAGAUGGAUGUUGAUGAUGAUCCACAAUUGCAAUCUAAUCACACCCAAAAGGGCACUAUGAAUCCUGAGCCAAGUGUUCCUAAGUUAGAUGAUGGAUGGACUGUGGUAGCCUCUAAACGUAAUAGAGGUAAAAAGAACUAA